UCACUUUAAGAAAUGGGAAUCCUCCAAACUUUUUCAAAACAAAAGCCUGUUCUCUCUUCUCUCUCUCUUUCUUUUCAUUUCAAUUUGGGUUGAGUUAAGUUGAGACGUGAGAAGGGUGUGUGAGUGUGAUUCCAGUUACUGCUUUGACCCGCUUUUUCUUCCAUAUCUCUCUCUCUCUCAUCCCACUAUUUCCUUCAGACAUCACAUGCAUUUGCAAUUUACAAAAGCAGGGUUUUUUCCUUUUUUAAAAAAGCACUAUAACAAGUAGCAACUAUAAUGGUAUGGGGGUCACUCUUUCCUGCGCCUACUCACGCAGAUAAAGAAGAUUCAUAAUUCUGACUGUGACUCCUCGUCAGAGAUUACAGAGCACCACAUUCAAAAAAAUUCCCUUUUCUUAUUGUCCCAUCUCUGCUCUGCACACACACACACACUCCAAAACAAAAACGAACACAUCUUCAAAAUCCAUUCUCUGUCCCCAACUCCACAACAACAGCAACCCCUUUACUCAAGAUUCCGUUUUUUUUUUAAUCUCAAAGCCCUUUUUAACUUGUACAAAAUUUCAAUUUUGGAACUGUUUCUUCCCUUCACGUGAUCUGGGUUUGCUCCAUAUAAAGUUCAACUCUUCCCAGACCCGACUCUUUUUUCCCCUUUUAUUAAUUCGCCCAUUCGUUGUUUCUAUUGAAUUAUCGGAAACCCGUGUCAUGAAUUUUGAUGCCUUGCGGGUUUUCAAUCUUCAAUUGCUGAAUGAUGGAUAAUAGUUUCUUUUGUUUUUGAAAUUUGUGUGUAAUAAAAAUCUUGUGGCUGUUAUGGGUGGUGAUGGUAGAGUUGAAGUUGUGAGUGGCAAGGGGUGUUCGAGGCUGUUUUCAUCUUCACUUCCUUCGUUCAGAGGUUUGCAACCAUUGGAGCCAAUGUCUCCUGUUUCUUCCUCUGUGCAAGUGCCAUCAUCAACUGCUCCUUUUGCCGGUCUCGUCAUAUGCGUCACUGGUUUAUCUAAAGAAGCAAGGAAUCAGGUCAUGGAGGCUACAGAGAGAUUAGGUGGCCUGUAUAGCCCUAAUUUGCAUCCUCAAUGUACCCAUUUGGUGGUUCAGAGUUUUGGUGGACGUAAGUUUGAGCAUGCACUGAAGCAUGGAACAAAAAAUGGGCUUUUUAUUGUCACACUGGGUUGGUUUGUGGAUAGCGUCAGGAAAAAUGUGAGGUUGAGCGAAUCACAUUAUAGAGUGAAGAGUUAUGGGGAUAACAACGUGCUCAUGGAAGAUUUUAGGCCGCUUUCUGAGUAUACAAAUGCUGAUAAUCAUUGUCUUCCGGCAAGAAUCCACCAAGUGAAGAAAGCUAAUAACGUUGAGGAACUUCAAAGAUUCUCUGUGAGAGAGUCUAUCAGAAAUUCGGACUCAACUUUGUCUGGUUGCUCCAUCUAUGUUGAUCCAGGAAUUUCAUCCGAGUUGAGGAACAAGGUUAUUGAGUCUGCUUCAAGGGAAGGUGCUAAUUUGGUGGAACAAUGGUUUGUUGGCUGCAAUGUUAGUCAUGUAGUAACUGAAGGGACAUCAAUCCAAAGAUACCUUGGAUAUUGUAAUAACCUCAUUACACCUCUGUGGAUAAUCAAAACAGCUAAGGAGAAAUAUGUGCGAAGGCUUGUUCACAUGUCUGUUGAUUUGGCAAAGCAAGUUGGCCUGAUACUUGAAGACGUUAAUAGUGGCAUUUCAGGAAAGGAAGUAAUAAAGCAAAAAGCCACUGACUAUCCUCUGGAUAGUGAAAGUGAAGUCAGCUAUGAAGAAAGACAACAAAUUGUGAACUCUGCAAAAAUUGGAGUCAGAAACCGCCGUGGCCGUCGAAUGCAGACUUGUCAAACUCCAAUACGUCCUAUAACACCCAACAACCUUCUCGACUCUAUCUGCUGGUCUAUAUCUGACUCAACUUCAACUGCUUCCAUCUACACAGACUCUUUUAGUGUUGAAGAUCCUAGUGAAAAUCACGCUUCAAUAUUUUUCGACGCAAAAGGGGAUGGCAAGGAUUCAGAAGCUUCAUUUUCGAACUCCACUCGUCCUCUGACAGAAAGUGAGAAAUCCGAGUUGAUAUUCAAAAACCAUUUCCUUACCAUACUCUUCCCAAUUGACCGUUUUUCCGAGAUGGGUCCUUCAUCGAGAACGUUUUUCAGCCAUAAUGGCUUUACGUGUCUUCAGGUGUUGGAUCAUAUACAUGCAUUUUAUCAGGAGAACAUGUCAAGGCAGGAAAUUGAAGUUGCAAUUCAUAGUGAUUCAAGACAUGCUGAUAGGCUACGAUCAGUGUACUCAAGUAAGGAAACAAUAGCACGUGGCCACGUAACGUUCAAAAGGGUUGAAUUCUUGGGUAGUCGAACAAGUUUUGAAAUGUUGAAGCGUGUAAGUGGGGAAAACAACUCCAACGUUUAUGAGCUAUUACUUAGGGCCUAAGGUGAUAUAUCGUUUUACAGGAAUUUCCCGUGUUGGUAUGAAUAGCCAAAAAUGGGAAAUUUUAGCUUGUGAAUAUAUCAAUGAUAGAUUGGGAAAUAUAGUUGGUUGUUGAUGGUAAUCUUUUCAUUGAUACUUCAUUGUUAUUUUUGUUAUAUUAGUUAUCGAGGAAAGGGAAAAAGGGUUUCUGGUAUAAAGUGCACACUUGGUCUUAAAUAUUUGGAUUAUAAGAUCCAUAGGAUGAGUGUUCUGAAUGAUAUUUUAUGUAUAGACUUUUCUGCUCUGUGCAUUCAAAUCAAUGAUAAUAGGAAUAGGAUUUUAGUAAU